AUGACAGAACGCAUCGUCCCCAACAUGUCCACCAACUCCGUUCCCAUAUCCGGCCUCGCCGAGCUCGAAAAGCACCUCGACGACCUCGUCGCCUCCCCAGACACACCCCUCGAACCCAAGCUCCUUGACGAUGUAGAGCUUCAACUCAACGCCUCUCUCUCACAUCCAACCUCCAAAUCAAACACUAACCACCUCGUCAACAGAAACAAACAUCCCCCCCCUCCUCCCAGUCCUCCUCCCCCUCUAACAACAAUCCUGAAAACCUCCCCCCACGACCCAAAACCCCUCGUCUCCCUCACAAUAAAACUCCUCUCCCCCGUCCCCUUCACCCAAACCCUCCAACUCGCAGACGAAUCCUCCCUCCUAACAGCCCUCCGCUCCCCCUCCCCGCACGCAAACCUCCUCGCCCUCGCCAUCCUCGCAAAAGCAUCCGCCUCCCCCUCUGACGCAGCAAUCCUCUCCCUCAUGCCCCGCGUCGUCGAAGAGCUCCUCCGCCGCUGGCUCUCUAGCCCGCACGUCGAGGUCGGGGAGCGCGCGGGCCGUGUACUGGGUGAUUUACUCGACGUAGACUGCGAGCUCCCACCGCCGAGUAACUUACCGAGCUCGUCUGCAACAGAAGUCGUAAAGAGGAGAGCGCCGGGACAGGGAAGGAUGUGGCGCCGCAUCUUCCACGACAAAGAACUCUUCGGCCUCGUCCUCUCCCUCGCAAAAGGCAUCGACCCGUCUCCCACAUCCGAAGGCGAACCUACAACCCUCCCAGAACGCCAACUCUCCCUAGCACAAGGCCGCAUCCUCCGCAUCCUCCCGCGCCUCGCGGCCCUGAACAUCGUCGAAGUAGGCGUCUCGCAGUUCCCGGACCUGACGGGCUCGUCCGAGGUUGGUCUCCUGCAGCUGGCGGCGCUGCACAUGGUGGAUAAGAGCGAUACGCUGAUGCACCUGAACCUCAUCGACUUUUUCGAGACGUUGCUGAGUGUUAUGCGCGUGGUGGAGCACUCGCAUCGGACGAUGGGCAUCUUGAAGGAUCUGUUGAGGCAGGCGACUAGGGACGAUAAUCUUUUGAAGAAUGCUCUGCGUAGUCUGCCGGAUCGGACUGUCCCCGAAGAGUCGGAGUCACUCAGAAACUUCAUCAGAGACGUAGUAGCUUGAGACACAUGGUACACACCUCGAAAAAUUCAGCAGGAAGCAAGAAAGGCGUUCAGGGGAAAACACAAAAGGACACGAUGACCGACAAGCAUGGAAUGAAACAACUUCUGUUAAUAAUAGUUCGACGUUGGUCGAUCAUAGGCCCACCAAGAAAAGGGGGGGACGGUG